AUGUUUUUUCUUCAGAAUCUGAUUAGUGGGUAUCUAAAGUCUGGGGCUUCUGUUGGAAUUGGGGUCUCUUUGUCCAUCUUGAAAGCAUAUGGCAAAGAGCUAGGAACAGCCGAAGCUACUCAAUUGGUUACAAAAAUUACUAGUUUGGGGCUUCAGUUGGAUGUUGGUAGCUAUGAAUCUCUCGUAGAAACAUCCAUGUUAUGCCACGAUUUCCAGUCAACAUUUUCUUUAUUUGGGAACAUGAGAGAAUCAAGAAUACGUGACUUGAAAGGCAGCUAUUUGACUAUAAUGACAAGUUUAAUAGAAAACCAUUUGCCUGAGCUCAUGACAGUUUUCUUGGACAACGUUGUUGAGGACCCCCUAGCUGAAGAUGUACCCAUGAUUGGAAUUCAAUUAUUCACGCCUUCUGUAAGGCCGGGCAGUUGGAAGAUGCAAGGAAGUCUUUCAGGAUGA